AUGAAGAGCGGGUGCUAUUUUCUGUGGGCGCUUCGUCCAGAUAAAGAGGCGGGUCAUGUCUCAGAGAUGUUGCCGACUGGAUUUUUGGAGGAAUGUAAAGGGCAGGGGGUAAUUGCGCCCUGGUUUAGGCAGGCGGAGGUUCUGAAACACCCUGUCGUAGGAGGGUUUUUGAGCCACUGCGGGUGGAAUGCGGUCAUGGAAAGUGUCUCGGCGGGUAUUCCCAUGUUGGGAUUUCCUCUUGCAGCGGACCAGUUUUACAAUUGCAGAUUCAUGGUGGAGGAGUUGAAGUUUGCGUUAGGGCUGAAAAAUGCAGAGGAUGGGAAAAGGAUUAUAAGAGCUGAAGAAGUAGAGAUGAAGGUGAGAAUGUUGAUGGAAGGGGAUGAGGGUUUGAGAGCAAGACAAGUAGCAAUGAGAUUUAGGGAUUUGGCCGAGGAGGAAGUGAGUAAAGGAGGAGGGUCUGCAACUAAUUUGGAAGUGCUAUGUGUACUAGUAGCUAUAGCUCCAGCUGCUAUUAAUGGAAUCUCUAUUAAUUUCAGCUUUAAAUUCAAUUUUAACAAGGGUCAGUCCCUGCCAAAGGCUGCGAGCCGCGAGGCAGUUUGUAACAAGAACAGUUUGCAAAAUGUUGCCAGAACAGUUUGCAGUGAUCCCUGUUACGGUAUGACUGUCAUUUGGCAGAAUUGUUUGUGUUUAGCAGAGAUGUCUGAAAUUUUAAGUAUUUUAAAAUUGAAAACAGGGGAAUAA